AUGAAACCAUUGCUGCUGUUUUCAUUUUUAGUUGCUGUAAGAAGCUAUUGCUGUAAGAUAAUUUUCAAUUAUUUUAGACUUUAUAUAAUAUGGAACAGAGUAUUAUUGUGAAGAGUGUUGCUUUUGGUAUGAGGGUGAUUGGCAUUGUGAGACUUAUCAAUAUUGUUAUACUUUUUUGGGAAUAAUUAUAGCUAUAUGGUGUGCUAUAAUAGGUGUUUAUGCAGGCCUAUAUUUUUAUGCAAAAAAUAAAACAGCUAAAAGAUUAAGAGUUAUCUAUUAAUAAUCUCAAAAUUGUUUGAGGAAUAACACAUAAAAUUAGAUUCCAGAGAAUAAUGAAUAACCCACAUAAAUUGCAUAAAUUAAUUUUGUUGAGUUAAAGGAAUAAAAAUUAUGA